AUGUGUGACGUUUGCUCAGAUUUUCUGCAUUUGCUGGAGUCGUAUGAAGUUCGUAUAACCAGCAACGAUGCAAAACAUUCGAUUCUUUUAAAAAGCGAGAUUGAAACAGCUUUCGGUUAUAUACAAGCAUGGCCACAACGCCAAUGCAUGUGUUUAUAUCGGGAUCCGAAAAACUUUGAACGCUUUAAUCUUGUAGUUCAAUCCAUGAUAUGUUUGGCAGUACACCAUUUAAAGCAUAUUGAACGUUUAAUUGAUGACUACAAGCGGUUGACAGCAUGCAGUUUGGGCCAGUCAACAUCUGCUGCAGCUCAKGCACAGGCCAAUGCGCAAAUGGCAGGUGCUGGCACUUCAGACAAAGGAACAAAUUUAACAUCAAAUAAUAACGCUGAUAAAGAUUCUAUAGAUUCGGCAGUGGAAGUUCCAAAACGAAAUAUUGAGGAUGAAGUUGGUGAUACUGAAGAGAAGAAUGAGCGCAAGAAACCUAAAAGAGAUGCAAGUUCAUCUCCACCUUGUGUUUCACCUUCAUCACGCAGCGUUAAUUCACCAAUWAUUCCAACAUCACCGCCACCCCCCGCACCGUCAAUGCACCUACCACAAUCGAACUCAAAUAUUUCAUUAGGAGGUGCCGCACAAAAUGCUGAACUAUCGAAUUCUUACAAAUCUAAUUUAAACAGUGGAUCACCAUCAACUUCACUAUCUCAAAUAACUGAGGAACCAUGGAUAUUGCCAGAAGUAGAAAAGCUCUUCAUAUUAGUGUCAAAAGUGUUUCUGUUGAAUUUCCCAUUGUAUAUUGCUUAUAAACACGGCACGCACGCUCGUCUGGAUGAUAUUUCUGCUGAAGAGGCGCAACAUUUGGCAAUCUUUUGUGAUUUACACGACAAUGAGAUACCGGUUUAUUUGCUCCGUAAUAUAACGUUGUUUUGCAAUUCGGGUGGUUUCGCUGCAAUGAUGUUGUGCUUUGAACAGCCRGAUCUUCCUGUCACUACUGCCCAGGCAAUUACUGCCACGGUUUCAAAUAUAAAACUGUGGUUAAAUUACAGCUGCAUUGUUCAGUUAUUUGUACCGUUGCGUAGCCGGGUGUUGCAGUAYAUGUGCAAGUUGUCGGAUCAAAAUUUACGCUCCGCAGCCACACGAGCGAUGGCUGACUUUGUAUGGUCUGCUGUGCGUGAUCCGCUAGAUGCGUCAGUCACUUUCGAUGUUGAGGGCCUAGCACUGGCAUUUAAGUAUUUUACAUCAACUACGCUAACAAUGCGUUUGGCAGGUAUGGCACAGAUAAAUGCACACAUAAAUUUAUUCAACGAGAUAUGCACCACUGAAACUGUUGGCGAGGUGGAAAUUGUGGGACAGAAAAUCGCAAACUGGCUAACAGAAAAUCARAUUAUACAACAUCUCUUCGGACCGAAUCUACAUGUCGAAGUAAUAAAACAGGCGCAUGUAGUUCUGAAUUUCCUAGCAGUGGAAAACCAAAUUACCGAAGAGCAYAUCAAACUGAUAUGGCAAGCUACUCAACUUAAACAUUGUUCCAAGACAAUUUUUGAUAUAUUGCCGGCAUUGGUGAAAAACCUGGCACCUCGUCCAGCCAUGCAUUUGUAUUCAUUACUUUGUCGCAUGGAUCCUAAGGAGCACACGGAGCAGAGUAUUUAUAUUGCAUCRGCACUUACAAAACUUAUUUGGUCUCGAGAUAAUUCUCGCGCACAGAUGACCAUGAUGCAGGAUCAUCUAUUGGCCGCCCAUGUGACUGCUUCCAGUUCAGACAGCGGCAGCAUGGACGGCAGUAAUUCUGACGAUGAUCCCGGCAAUGGUGAUGAUAGUAGCCUAGCCAGUGGCACCCGUAAAAGCCCGAUUGAYAUWGAAAAUGUGGGUUCGGACACCGGGGCACCCCCACCUUGUAAGCAAGCUCGUCAUAGGCGUCACGUCUGUGAAGCCAGUUCUGAAGAUAAAGGAAAYCGCUCAAAUGUUGAGGACUUGAUAAAUAAAAAGAUCGAUAUUAAGAUGCAAAAUCACCGCAUUGUGAAUAUUAUUGAUAAUUCUAGUAGCGAGGAAGAUCUGCAACAAGCCGCACUGGAUGUACAAUUGCAUCGUAAGAAGUCACGGAAGCGUCGAAAAAACAGCAAUUUGCCGCUUACCCGGUUGGCGCACGAAAUUGUUGAAGCUAUUUGGGAUGGCGGCGAGGAUGAAGAUCCUAGCAGUGAUGAUGCUGACGAUGCCGACGAAGCUGAUGGCGAGGUACUAAAUGACAGCGAUGACUGCAGCGACACCGGCGGUCAAGUUGUGCCCAGCGCCGUAUUGAAACAUUUGCGUGGUGAGGGCCCUUACAUACGCGCCAUCGAUGAGACUCAUAUUAGUGAACUUCUGAAUGGGGCCGAAAUCGACGGGUAUUCGUCGCCUAUGAGUAACAAAUCCGAAAAGAAUAUGGCCGACUUUGAUGACGAGGAUGUGUCGCCGUGCGAGGAGGAAUUGAGUCAACUGCAUGCGCUGCGGGUAUCGCAUAAUUGCGUACCGCCCGCAUUUGCCGCCGCUGCUAUGGCUGCGGCACAUUCGAGUAUUCAACAACAACAACAUCAACAAUUGCAACAACAAAAGUCAGUUGAUGCCGACUCUGCGGAUCUUGUAACGGGCGCUAAUGACASCGCUACGAAUGCAGCCGCAGUGGCUGCCGUGGCAGCGCGUGUGGACACCGAGAUACAGCAACAAGUUGCGAAUGUCAACGCCGCUGCUAUUGCCGCAGCGCUGGCAGCAGUAAUGGUGCGGCGCACUGGAGACACCGGCGAUGGUGACAUSUUGGGCAACAGCGCUAAGGCUAUAUCGCCCCAGGCGCAGUUUGCGGGGCGCGUGUUGCAGAGUGGCGUGCAACAACCACAGCAAAGUGGCGCGCAGGCAAUACCGUUGUCACCGCAACAGACACCACCACAAACACAACAGCCUUCUUUCAAAAUCAACGAUGUCUGUCAGCCGGGCAACACUUUGCUUUGGGAUUUGCUGCAAGAUGACAAAAUUUUUCAGUUGGGCGAAACCCUAGCACUUGAGGCUGAAAAAGCGCUGGCCACACUGCUAUGCUUUAGUAUGGAUCGACAAUUGCGUACGAAAUUCAUUGAGGGUUGCCUACAGAACUUGGCCAGCAAUCGCAGCGUUGUCGUGAGUCUGCGCUUGUUGCCUAAGCUCUUCGCUUCAUUUCAGCACUUUCGCCCGGCCGACACACAUCAUGUGACAAUGUGGGCCGAGCGUCAGCAUCGUAUGAUGUAUCAUUUCUUUAAUAACAUCAAAUUUUAUGCUAAACGUCAUGCAGAGCAGCAAAACAAGGUGACCGGUGGUGGCGAAACACCGCCCGAAGCGAUUAUGUAUUCACAUAAGACACAAGUGUCUGUGCGUUUGCAUUUCUUGUCUUCCAUAUUUUCAACGUUAGGAUCGCCAAAAACGUUUCGGUUAACUUUGGAGCAAGUGGAUGCAUUGUGGGAGUGGCUGGCGCAUGAUAGCGAAUGUGCCGAUUGUUAUUUUUCGUGGCUACAGAGUCAGGCAAAGGGCGGUGAYCAGCAUGCUCUGGGUAUUGAUGCGCUACAGCAUUUGUAUUUGAAGAAGCUACCUGAAUUGCGACCGGAAGAGUUCUCCAUGGUGGCGCUGGGCCUCUUUCAACAGCUGUGCAGUUUGGCUCGAAUGGCUAUUGCUCACUACGAAAAGCAAACCGACUCAAUAUCAUCGACAUCCGCAAAUAUAGUCGGUAUGUAUCAUCUGUGGAAGAUCGCCUUGCGUGCACACAACACCGAAGUGUCUCUGGCCGCUAUUCAAUACAUCAACAUGUACUACAUGGGGCAACAGUUGCGCUUGGAAAAGGAGUUUGUGUCCCAGUGCAUGGAUAAUUUGGUGCAAGCGACUAAUACUUUGGAAAGCAAUGAGGAUGAGAACGCAUUGAUGUGUGUCCAGCGUGGCUUGAUGCUACUCAAUACACAUUUGGAAACAUUCCGUCGGCGGUAUGCAUUCCAUUUGCGUCGCUGGGCCAUUGAGGGUAAAGGUGUCUGCUCGCAUAGCAAUCUGAAGAAUGAGGCCGCUGGGCCGGCCAUCCGUAUCGUCUUGCAACCGGCUGGGCUCUCCGAAAAAUCCGUCCUACACAUGCAUGCGUGCGAUUUAAUUGCCGAACUGAAAGCUGAGAUAUCGAAAUGGUGGGAAAAUCUACAAGUCACCACCAGCAGCAGCGGCGUGUCGGCGCCAGUUUUAGGUCUUUUACUGAGCGACGGUCCGUUACGUAUAAUAACGCAAGGCCAAGAGUUGACUUCUGAUUAUGAUGAGCGCAGUCUGGGUGAUGCAGGCUUCAAGGACAACCAGAUCGUUUAUGURUCGCUGGGUGGCCGAGGUGCCCGACGCAAGGAGACGAAUCUCGAUCACCCAUCCAUGCAGCCCCCACCGCCGAAAGAAUGUUUACCAACAGUAUUAUUACUGCAGCCGCGCUACUUUGAGAAGCUCUUCUGYUUGAUGCAGACAUUGGGCGAUAUGAAGCCGCAAAAUAGCAAUUUACAAAUGCACACCAAAGCCCAAUUGCUGUCGAGACGAGUGUGGGACAUACUGGCCAUACUGCCAACGAAUCCACUAAUACUGGACGCAUUUAAGGGACUCAGUAAUGAUUUGAACGUGUUCGAGCGACUMAACAGCGAAGAGGAGCAAGCAAAUAAACGCAAAGAAAUCAAACAGAAAUUGAACGAGUUGCUCGAUGCCAAUAAUUUGCAAAAAUUCAUGUACUCAUUGCACAUCGUGGAGAGUCUUACGGUGAACAGUGUGUUACAGCACAAAGGUGCAGCUGGCAAUAAUUCGACAUGUUGUGGCUUUGGUGGCGGUGGUGUUAACGGCAAUGUGAUACCAAUGGAUCAAUACGUACGUAGUAGUAAGGGCGGUAGUGGAACUUCGAAACGUAGCUCGAGCCGUCGUCGGAAUAGCAACGAAAACUCAAACGCAAAAGACGAAAAUAAACGCAACAACAGUGGCAAUAGCAGUGGCGGCAGCAGCAGCUGCAGUGGUAGUGGUAGCGGCAGCGGUAGUGGUAGUGGCAGUAGCGCUGGAACAGCAUUGGAGUCUCUGUCGCACAAGGAAAACUUCGAAAAUACUGUACAAAAGGAUGGCGGUAGUGCYAGCGAUGAUGUGGCCAGUGAGGAUAUGCCAAAUCAUGACAAGGAAAACAAUCAACCAUUGGCGGGACGUCCUAAUAAACGGCUGAAACGUAGCGAUAGCAAUGCCAACUUGAGUGAUGAGAAGGAGAGUCGACUCACGAUCAGCGCUGUGGAUACUGGCAGUGGUUCUGCUGUCGGCGGCACGAAUAGUACAAGCGGUGGCGCAUGCGUARCAACAGCUGGCAAUGCACGUACCGCCCAUGACCUGAAAUGGAGUGAGGUGUUUGUUCGUUGCGGCGGCUUGCGUUUGCUUUAUGAGAUCUUCAUUUCCGGUCAGCUGCAGCAAAGCUCUCAUCCUCGCGAAAUGCUCAACGAGUGGCGCCACGAUUGUUUGGCUAGCCUUCUGCGCGUGCUCUGGCUCUUGGGUUUCGAAGAAGUGCAGGCCGAAGAUAUGCAUGUGGUAGUUUCACGUCCACAUGCUUUUAUGCUUGAACUAAUGAAUGUAGAUCCGUGUCUGCGCCGUCUUGCUUCUAUACUCAACGACGAGGCCUAUCAGAACUAUGCCGCGCUGAUACCGACCACACAAUAUCAAUAUCAGUAUCCAUACCAAUAUCACCAUUUGCGUACUGGGUUCUGGGGGCGCGCGCAGGUCGUACAAUUCACUAUGAAUAUAAUGGUGAGCUUUGUUCACGCAUCCGCAGAGGCUCGUCGCCUACUUUGGACUCAGCCGGACUAUUGUAAUUGGGUACAAAAAUUCAUACUGGAGGAUCCCGAGCCGGCGGUAAGGCGUGAAAUAUGCGCUGGACUCUAUCGCAUUUGUUUGGGCAAUGCGCAAAGCUACCAAGUGCUCUUAGCGCCAUUAUUGCGUAAGCUUAUCUCSUUCUUACCGCUUGCSGAGAAGAUGACGUCUUACGUGCAGCACACGCAGUAUUUACUGUCGGAUGAGGGUAAGGAGCCGUAUGGACCGGCGUGYCGAGACUACUUUUGGCUGCUCGCACGGCUUGUAGACACCAUGACACCGGAUAUGGUAAAGUGCUCACUGGAUGGCGAAAGCGAAGGAGAGGCUAUUGAUAUUGAACGCUUGUGCCAGUCUGUUUCACAAAGCAUACUGACACGUGAUUUCUUUGAAACCCGACAUGGCUAUCAGGAUGAUGGCCUCGUUGGACUCAUUAAUUUAAUGUCGAAUUUCGUUAAAUACGAUCCAACCUUCAAGUUCAGCGGUUCGGCAUUACAAUUCAUUGAUAAAAUAUUUGAGUUUCUCUUUGACAUGCCAUCGCCGUUGAACCGACACAAGCCGAAGUGUAAAUCGGCUACAUCGCGAGCUGCCGCUUAUGACUUAUUGGUGGAGUUGUGUAAGAAUUGUCCCAAGAAUUAUGUGUUCUUGCAUGCGAAGCUCUUAGCACAGCACACACCCGGCGUUAAGGCUCCAUAUCCGUGGGAYUAUUGGCCACGCGAUGAAGGCCGUUCCGAGUGCGGCUACGUGGGUUUAACGAAUUUAGGUGCCACUUGUUACAUGGCCUCGUGUAUACAACAUCUGUAUAUGAUGCCACAGGCACGUGCGGCCAUUCUGAAUGUGCCGCCGACGGGCGCACAAAAGCAUGGACCCACACUUUUGGAGCUACAACGCAUGUUCGCCUAUUUGCUUGAAUCGGAACGUAAAGCAUAUAAUCCCCGAUCCUUCUGUCGCGUUUAUCAGAUGGAUCAUCAACCGUUAAAUACGGGCGAACAAAAGGAUAUGGCGGAAUUCUUUAUAGAUCUUGUCUCCAAGUUGGAAGAGAUGACCCCGGAGCUGAAAGAUCUUGUAAAGCGUCUAUUUUGCGGAACCCUCAGUAAUAAUGUGGUGUCGCUCGACUGUGGACACGUGUCGCGCACAGCUGAGGAGUUCUACACGGUACGUUGUCAGGUUGCUGAUAUGCGUAAUCUACAGGAAUCGCUGGAUGAGGUCACCGUCAAGGACACACUCGAAGGCGACAAUAUGUACACAUGCUCACAGUGCGGCAAGAAGGUGCGUGCCGAAAAACGCGCCUGCUUCAAGAAGCUACCACAAAUAUUGUGCUUCAACACGAUGCGAUACACCUUCAAUAUGGUGACAAUGCUGAAAGAGAAAGUAAACACACACUUCUCAUUUCCCAUGCUCUUAAAUAUGACCGACUAUGUGGAGAAGACGCUAAUGCCGCACCAAUAUAAGGAGGAGCGUGAAAAACGCAAACAAGAACAGGAAAAUAAGAAAGCGAACGYUGUAGAUGCCAACAAAGCUACGGAUGACGAUUUUGAGGAGUGUCUUGAAUAUGAGCUGGUUGGUGUAACUGUACACACGGGCACGGCAGAUGGCGGUCAUUACUACAGUUUUAUUAAGGAACGGAACAAAUCGGCGCUGCAACACGAUCGYUGGUUCCUAUUCAACGAUGCUGAGGUGAAACCGUUUGAUCCUUCGCAAAUUGCGGCCGAAUGCUUUGGUGGCGAAAUGACAAGCAAAACUUACGAUUCUGUAACGGAGAAAUAUAUGGACUUUAGUUUCGAGAAGACCAAYUCGGCCUAUAUGUUAUUUUACGAGAGACGUCUGCCAGAGCAUUUAAAACAGCGACACUCUGAGCUCUUGGCAUCACCAACAGCGAGUUCACGCACARCAGAGGCCACCGAGAAAGCUAGUGCACUAAAAGAUGRUGAAGAGUUAACGGUUAAGUCAGACAGCGAMAAAACUGAUGACAAGGAAACAGAUGAGAACGCAAAGAGCAACGCUAAAAUGACCAUCAUUGAGUYGAAUAACUCGCCGAGCGAAAAGCCGGAUACGAGCAGUUCUGACGCAACAAGUAAUGAGCCACAGGCGUCCACMUCCGCCGCAGCUGCAACGGCUGCAAGCACAAAGUCGACCACGGAGGCUGCCGUUAAACACACGCGCAUGCAGAUACCAAUCUUAAAUAAAGAACUCGAGGACUGGAUAUGGCAGGAUAAUCGACAGUUCCUGCAGGAUCGCAACAUAUUCGAGCAUACAUAUUUCAAUUUUAUGUGGCAAAUAUGCGGUCACAUUCCACAAACACUGCUGGCGCAAACCGAUGUCACUUGCAUGGCAGCCAAGUUGUCCGUUUCGUUCUUUAUAGAAACCUUCAUACACGCCAAGGAGAAGCCCACAAUGGUGCCCUGGAUUGAGUUGCUGACAAAGCAAUUUAACGCCAGCCAAGAAGCCUGCGAAUGGUUCCUCACACACAUGUCCAUUGAACCGUGGUGGCCCGUGCAAGUGCUCAUACAAUGCCCCAAUCAAAUGGUGCGCCAAAUGUUUCAAAGGCUAGUUAUACAUGUCAUACAAAGGCUAAGAUCUUCGCAUGCGCAUUUGUAUUUGAAAACUGAUACCGAUGACGAUGGCAAAGAGGUAAUGGGCAACGCUUCGUGCGUAACACGUUUCAUUAGCUCCCUGAUAUUGCUAAUGGAACACGGUGCUAAAGCGCAUUUGCGGCAUUUGUCGGAGUUUUUUGGCCUGCUCUUCGAGUUCUCACGGAUGGGCGACGAGGAGACGGUGUUUUUGCUGCGCAUCAAUGUGAUAAAGAGCGUGGCCGACUUUUACUUGGGCAACAAGACACAGGACUGUAUCGAUGUUGGCUCCGAUAACGAUGAUAAUUCGUCAGAUGAGGCUUUGUCAGUGGACAAAACACGUCCAGCAUCGUUGGACAAAAUGAUUGCGUUGGUGGCGAAUUUGGUGGAGCGUUCGCGCGGACAAGACUUCCGGUUGCGACUUUCCACAAAAGACUACAAUGCGAUAGCCGGGGGCAAAGGGUUUCCGUUCUUAUACCAACAAAUCAAGGAUAACAUUAAUCCACAUCAGACCAAGCACCUCAUACAUGCACUAUGCCGUUGGGACGAUCGUUUGGCGAAUCAAAUAAUCACCAUGCUCUUCUCGUCUGUAACCAAGCACACGGAACUUUGUGGUCCAUUUUUCAAGCUACUGACGCUACUUACCGAAACCCAAGGUGGUCCCUCCGGUCUGCCUUGUUUCUCCCAGCUGGUUUUGCAGCGUGUUUGGGACGCCGCGGAGUACUGCCCGCAGUCGGCGCUCGAUUGGCUCGCUUUCCAAGCGCCAAAAAAUAAAAUUGCACAUGCUUGGAUAUUGCAAUCRGCUGAUAAUUGGGUGGAGCAGUAUUUGCUGGCACACAAUAAUUCGCGCGUGCGCAACGCUGCUGCGUACUUGCUGGUGUCACUGGUGCCAUCGCAACCUUUYAGGGCGAAUUUUCGCACACAUUCUCUGCAUAAACUGUCGGCACACGUCUAUCGCGACUUGAAUAGCGACGCUCAAAUUAUACUGCACAACAUUAUCAAUCUGUUACUGCGCCUGCUGCGACCGGCUCGUGCUUAUGCAGAUAUCGGUGUGCACGGCACUACCAAGCUCACAACUUACUUUAGCUUACUUAGUUACUGUAUGGUUUCAAAGACUGAAAAACUAAUGAUUGGGCCGUAUAUGCGCGCUCUAUGGGAUCUAUUUCAUCCGCGCYUGUCGGAGCCUAGCGUUCCAGCACAUCACAAUAAGCACGCGCUACUCGCAUUUUGGCAUCACUCGAUUGUCGAUUGCCCGGAGAAUGCGCUCAUUGUCGCCAAUUGCCAUGAAAUAACACGAAAUAUUGCAUUUAAUUAUAUACUAGCGGAUCAUGACGACUCGGAAAUUGUUGCCUACAAUCGCGCAAUGCUACCCGCCUAUUAUGGCCUCUUGCGUUUAUGUUGCGAACAGAGUCGCGCACUCACACGGCAACUAGCCGCUCAUCAGAACUUGCAGUGGGCUUUCAAGAACAUCACGCCACAUCCGACACAGUACGCAGCAGCGGUCGAUGAGCUAUUUAAGCUAAUGGCAUUGUUUGCGGCGCGUCAUCCGGAUGCCAGCGAACAGGAGCAGCAUGAAGUGUCUACAUUCCGUCGCACAACACUCUCAGCGUACUUGACAGGWUUGGAUGCGCGCGUCUCCUGGGGCACGCUCAUAAAUGCAUUACGUAUUUUGGUUGACAACGACGAAGACCGACUGCUCGUCAUCUAUAAUGGUGGCAUCGAGAUGUGUUUUGAGGCGCUGCAUACGCUACAUUCCAUGCAUCACGAAGCAACGGCCUGUCACGUAUCCGGCGAUCURCAGGAGCUCCUUAGCGAGUUGGUAUUGCUACUAACCACGCUGCGCAUGAGCACACGCCUGGAUGCGCCAUCGGCAGCAGCUAGCGCUAGCAAGAAGCAGUUGCAGCAGCAACAGCAACAACAGCGUUUGCCCGACGCCGUCAAACGGCUGGCCACAUUUCUCAAUACAUUUAAUCCACCGGAAAUCUGCCGUCUAUCACUCGAAGUGCUCAAAGAGUUGGUGCGCAAUCCCAGCUUAGAUGUGACCAGUAUACUGGCACCCAUACUCAUUAACUGCCAUUUGUCCGUGGCGAAUGCGCCCAGUAAUAUCGGACCACUGGGACCGUAUUUUCCGCGACGCGGCACCAAAGCGCCGUGGCCAACCAUGUCGAAGAACACGCCACGUCCACCUCGUCCCAUGGUGCAGAUGAGCAUACCACAUGGUGAGAUACUACAGAAGGGUGUCGAUAUCGAAUACGACGCRCAGGUGGAGGCAUUCUAUCGUCCGUAUCAUGACUUCCUGGAUGUGAUGAUGCGCAUGGCGGUGAACACAAAUCAACUGAACGAGACUCUGGUGAAACUGAGCUGCUUGGUGGCGAUAGAGGCGGCACCGUUGCACUUCAACUUGUUUCCCAAAUUUUGGGUGGGCAUCUACAACAACAAAACCACAAACAAAUACGCCGAGCUGCUAAUCAACAAUCAAUACAUUGUGGAGUAUAUACAYAUAAUUUUGCGCGACGAACGUGUUUCGCUCAGUGAUCAUUACAUAAGAAAUUUCUUAGAAAUCUAUUAUCCGAAGAUAUCCGCCCAGUUGCCCAUUGCACGUCUGCUAUACACUAUCAGUUAUUCGAUGCACUCAAAGGAGGAUCUAGAUGAUCUCUGUGGCGAUUUGUUCGCCAUCCGCGUGAUAGCACAAUGUACAGGUAUACCGACUUCCGUCCGCAAGCAGUUAAGAGGAUCACUAAAAGCACUGUUGUACAAGAGUUCGCGCUAUCAAGAAGUAGCUGAAUUGGAGAUAUCUCAAAACAGGAAACCCAAAGCAGCUAAUUCAAGUAACGCUGAAAAAACUGCAGCGAAAUCGGUUGAAGAAGGUAGUACGAAAAGUCCGACUGUGGGCGUCAAAAGCAGCUCACCCAUACCAAAAUCGAGCGUCACGAAGGAAACAACUGAAACCGUUGAAAUGGAGGUGGAUAGCGAAGCUGACACAAAUAAGUGUGUUAAGGACGUCAAGAACGGAGUAGAGGCUAUGGAAACAGAUAAAGCUCCGUUAGGCGACAGCAAGGAUAACGGCGAUAACGGUGGUAAUAGUGCGAAUAAAAGCGAUGAUCCUGCGGUUGAAAAGGCCGAAAGUGAUGCGGAACAUACUGUCAAAAAAAUCACAGAAAAAACCGACAAAGACGAAACAGAGGAAAAAGAAAAGAAGAACGACGAAGAAACGAAGAAGUCUACAACACUAACGAAAAGCCAACCGGACGCUGAAGAUAACACAGCUAGUGGCAGCCAAGSCAGUGCUUCUACGACCCCUAGCGCUGCAGAACAGAGCAAGAGCAUACAAAAGAAGCCCACGGAGGUGCGUCUGUACGAGGAGCAUGAAAAACGCAUCAAACUUUUGCUUACCAUGGAAACAUACAUCAAGAGUAUACUGGUGCUGAUGCAACGCGAUGAGUGCAGCACCUCGCCAACRCCCAAUACACMCAGCGCCGGAGAUGAGAGUGAACCGACUGCGGAUGUACCGGAAGCGGCAUGCAAAAGAGGCACAAGUAUUGCAGUUGCACCGACUACGCAAUCACCCUCUUYCGGCUCGGCUGGCAACAGAACCGAUUCCAUGCCUGACAAAAGUGAGGAGAAGAAAUUGCASUGCAAGACACAAAACGACGCCAAGRCAGGAGACUCAAGUGACGGCCACAACACGCCGACUAAGCUGCACACUAUCAAAGYAUCGGAUAAGGAGGAGCGGGACUUAACGGCAAACGCGAGUCCAAUAGCAGCGGCACAGCCAACAACAACAACAACAAUGAACCCAACGCCCACGAUAUCGGCGGCCACCGCAGCCGCGCUACAUUCUCAACAAAUUUAGUUAUCAUUCAAUGAUUUGCUAAACAUUUUGUUUUUCGGUAAAGUGCUGGAAUAGKGCCGCGACUAAGUUGAAAGUUGAGUGCGACAUAGUGAAGGCGGCGCGGCGCAUGCGCUAUUUAUUUGCAAUGGCGRUAACAAUUUGUUAACUUUUACUUAGAUAUUGUUAUGCCAGUCAAUUAUUUCCUUUACCUACUUAAAACUAAAAUCAUUAGCCCAUUAGAUAUAUUGAAAGUUCAUUAUCGUUGCAAGAACCGUUAUUCUGUAUGGUCGCCCUACAACAUUUUAAAGUACCUUUUGCUUAAGCUAGGUAGAACUACAUAAAUGUAUAAUAUAAUGAAAUUUGAAUUUUCCACACUCGUGUGCUCGUGUUUACCACAUACACGCACACACACACACACCCACGCCUGCUUAGUGAAUGUUAUUUUCUUUUUCUUACAUUUAUUUUAUCUGUCAAAGUAGUGCUAUGCAUUAAUUUGAUUUCCAUUAUUUUGUUUGUGUAACACGAUUUAACAACGUAUUACAAUAUAACAUAUAAAUAUAUUAACCUAAUAAAAAAUAUAUAUGAUGCUAUUAGAAUUUCUGGCCCAAGGUCAAAAAUACAUACAUGUGUGAAAAGUAGAAACGAAAACGUGCUGACCUAAGGUUGGCUGUGAGAGGAUAAAAAAAAAUAGAAAUAAACUGAAUUUUUAAUUAGGCAAAGCGUAAAUUGCUAUUCACUGCAUAAUUUUCAGUUUGAGAUCAGCAAGAGCACUUGUACUCAUUCCUCCAAUGCCUGCAAUUUCAAAUCAAAAUUURUACAAAGAAACAUAUUAUGUCACCCAUAUUAUCUAUAUAAACUUCCAUUCAAAAUUUAUGUGUCAUAAGCAAAGUUCCUAUUUUCUAACUUAAGCCUAUCUUGAAUUCAACCUGAUUUCGCUCCUAACGAUUAUGUAAUAUACGAGAAUACUUUAAUGAUUUUUACCCUAGACUUCUUUCCUACACUGGUCUCAAACUGGAAAGUUUGUAAAUAAUAAUCGAAUAGACCGAACAGCGACAAAGAAAAAAUUAAUAAGAUUAAAUAAAAAUAAAUUAAAAAGAAACUAAAAAAAAAACAUAAUGAAUAUCAACAGAAUGUAUAUUAUAAGUUAAUUAGUUAAGCUCGACUACAAA